AUGUUUACUGAUACGGAGUCUGAUACUUUUAAGCCUUUGAUAUACUCUAUAGAUUAUGCUUCGAUUACAUCAACACCAGAUUUAUCAUGUGAGUAUUUAGGUAAUGAAGCUGUUCUCAUGGAUACCCCAUUUAAAUACAAGAAAGGUAUGGAAAUUAGGAUUUCGGGUACUUGUAAUGGUCUUAUUUGCUUUGGUAUUUUAAUUGAGAUAAAGACUAGCAUUUGUAUUUGGAACCCAACAACUAGAGAAUUUAAGGAAAUACAAAAUUGUGAUUUUCAUAUCAACCCCAGCAAAGUUUCUAGAGCCGGGUUUGGUUACGAUAGCAAAACUGGAGAUUACAAGAUGGUAAGAAUUGCGGAUAAGAAAGAAUCUGGUUACUGUGAAUUUGAAGUAUAUAAAUUUGGAUUACAAUGGUCAAAAACUGUUCUGACUUUCCAUCAUGAGUUUCCAAUUGAUGUAGCACUUCGUGGAGUUUUUCUCAAUGGAUGUCUUCAUUGGAUAAGCAGUUAUCCAUACAACCUAGGUACCCCCAAGUAUAUAGUCUCUUUUGAUAUUAGUAAUGAGAAACUCAUGGAUGUGCUAUUGCCAGAAAAAAAGUAUAGUACAUCCACAACCAAAAGAUAA